CUUAUGACCAUCUUAACAAUGAUGAUGACCAUGAACAAGUUGAAAAGCAUCAUUCAUUCAUUCGAUGUUCUGAUCUGAUCUCUGAUACAUCACCAACAACAACAAUGGACGAUUCAACAUUUUAUUUUUGGCUAAGUUUUUUACUUUUGUUAAUAAGUUUUUUCGCUUUAUCUUGGAGUUUUUUUGCUGCCCUAUUUUUACCCACACAAUGGUUAACACCGGUGGAUAAAGUAAUUCUAAUCACUGGUUGUGAUUCGGGUAUUGGAUUGGAAAUUGCAAAAUAUUUACAUUCAAAAGGAUCGAUUAUAAUUGCAACAGUUCUUUCUCGAUCAAGUCCCGGUGCAUUGGAAUUAAAAACUUUAAAACUUAAUGAGGAUCGAAUCUUUUUAAUCGAACUUAAUUUGAUUGAUUCGAAGAAUUUACAUGAAUCGAUUGAAAAAAUCCGGAAAAUUCUUGAUGAACGAAAAUGUGAACUUCAUGCAUUAAUCAAUAAUGCAGGCAUUUGUGUAUUUGGUGAAUUUGAUUUUCAAACAUUCAAACAAAUUGAAUCACAAAUCAAUGUAAAUUUUCUCGGAACGAUUCAUUUAACAAAAUUAUUAUUGCCUAUGAUAAUCAAAUCGAAAAGUCGUAUCAUUAAUUUAAGUUCGGUAAAUGCUUUGGUACCAUUUCCUGGUCUUAGUGUUUAUUCGGCUACAAAAAAAGCUAUCGAAACAUUCAGUGAAUCAUUAUCGAUUGAAAUGAAAAAAUUUAAUGUAAAAACUGUUUGUAUACGAUUGGGUGAUUAUGCUAAAUUGACUAAUAUUAUGGUUAAUCACAGAAAAAUAAUGAAAGAUCAACUGGAACAAUUUGACGAAUCUAAACGCCGACUAUAUGGUGAUUAUUUUGAAAAAUAUCAUGAAAAUGUAAUGAAAAAUUAUGGAAUGUUUAGUCCGAAAAGUUAUGCAUCAUCAACAUUGUUUGAUGAUUUUGAAAAAGCUGUCUAUGCUGUAAAUCCACCAGCUCAUUUAAUUAGUUCAACAUUUUCAUAUAAACUUUUGAUCUUGUUUCUUUAUUAUCUUCCAUUCAAUAUGAGAUGUUAUUUGCUUAACAAAUUCGUUUCCGAAACAAUUAAAUAAAAUCCAUUUUCUUUC